AUGCCUUUGCUGUUCUUCAAGCUUUUUGUCUCGUCUGUGGUUUCUGUGUUUGGUUUGAUCUCAUCCUCUUUGUCUGGCAUAUUGUUGGCUGUAGGGACUGAUUUCUGGGACGUUAUCCACAGAUACAGAGCUGUCACGAGUGCUUAUUACAGGGGUGCGGUGGGGGCUAUGCUGGUUUACGACAUAACUAAGCGGCAGACCUUCGACCACAUCCCCCGUUGGCUAGAAGAGCUGCGUGCUCAUGCUGACAAAAACAUUGUGAUAAUGCUAAUUGGGAACAAGACUGAUCUUGAAGACCAGAGAGCAUUGCCGACAGAGGAUGCUAAGGAAUUUGCUGAAAAAGAAGGCUUAUUUUUCUUAGAAACUUCGGCAAUGGAAGCAACCAACGUGGAGGAGGCUUUCGUGACAGUGUUGACAGAGAUUUUCAACAUUGUUAACAAGAAGAGUCUCGUUGCCGAUGAAAUGAACAGCAAUCCGACGUCGUUAGCCGGUAAGAAUAUCCUCAUUCCUGGGCCAGCUCAAGUAAUCCCAGAAAGUAAUAGGAUGUGUUGUAGAUCAUGA